CUGCUGUCUGUUAGUGCUCACCUGCCAGACAUGCCGGUGGACGUAUCCCAGUGGAAUGGGGCUCUAGCCCUAAAUGAGGUUGAGGAGAAGCCAGCGCAGCCGCUGCUAGUGACAUAUGGCUCACUGGGGAUAGACGAGCUGGGCCAAGUGCUGACACCUACCCAGGUUCAGAGCCGCCCAUCAAGCAUUGAGUGGGAAGGAAUGGAUAGCACUAAGCUUUACACUUUGGUUCUCACUGACCCUGAUGCACCAAGUAGGAAGAAUCCAAAAUUCAGGGAAUGGCAUCACUUCCUUGUAGUGAACAUGAAAGGAAAUAACAUUAAUAGUGGCUGUGUCUUAUCUGAUUACGUUGGCUCUGGACCACCAAAAGGAACUGGUCUGCAUCGUUAUGUUUGGCUGGUUUAUGAACAGACUGAGGAACUGAAGUGUACUGAGAGAGUUCUGUGCAACCGCUCCGGGGAGCAUAGAGGAAUGUUCAAGGUGGCGUCAUUUCGUCAGAAGUAUAAGCUGGGAACCCCUGUUGCAGGGAAUUGCUACCAGGCUGAGUGGGAUGAUUAUGUCCCCAAACUGUAUGAACAACUGUCAUCAUAAAAUUCCUUGUUCUUGAAACAAGGCCUGCAGAAUGAAGGAAUCUUGCUUAACAAAGGAAAAAGUUACUCUUCACUAACCUUAAACACAUUUCAUUGCUAUAUUCACUAAUAAACUUUGUAGGCCUUGCCCACAAUACUGACUUACAUUCUUAUCAGAUUCAAACCUACUUACUGAAUGUGAUACAGUCCAACUGACAUGAAACCCCUACCUCAACCGAGUAUUUGGGGAAUAUCAAACCUUGCGCUUCAUUGCUAUGAAUAAUUAUUUGGCCCAUGUAUAUGUUUAAUGUUAUGAUAUGUUUAAACUAUGUAGCAACAGCCAAUGGCAGUGAAAUUGUUACUGCAUUUUAUUCAACUGAAAUGUUGACAAACUAUACUUUGUGAUAGCGUCACAUUUCAAUACAUACUACUUAGUGGCAUUUAAUUGUAUGCUUUAUGAUCCAAAGUAUUCCUUUGUGUAGUUAAAAAAAA